CGCCGACGCCCCUUCGCCGGUUGCCUCCCUUUCUGUAAGAAAUUCAACAUUGAGCCACGGGCACCUGAGUUUUAUUUUGCUCAGAAGAUAGAUUAUCUCAAAGAUAAGGUUGAGGCAUCUUUUGUGAAGGAGCGAAGAGCAAUGAAGAGAGAGUAUGAGGAGUUUAAGGUUCGUAUAAAUGCUUUGGUGGCCAAAGCCCAGAAGGUUCCUGAAGAAGGGUGGACGAUGCAGGAUGGAACACCAUGGCCUGGAAAUAACGUCCGUGAUCAUCCUGGCAUGAUUCAGGUUUUUCUUGGCCAAAGUGGAGGACAUGACUCUGACGGGAAUGAAUUACCUCGCCUUGUCUAUGUUUCCAGAGAGAAGAGGCCUGGCUAUAAUCACCACAAGAAGGCAGGAGCCAUGAAUGCUUUGGUCAGGGUCUCUGCUGUGCUUACAAAUGCGCCUUAUCUUUUGAAUCUGGAUUGUGAUCACUACUUCAAUAAUAGUAAGGCUAUUAGGGAGGCAAUGUGCUUCAUGAUGGACCCACUUAUUGGAAAAAGGUGCUACGUCCAGUUCCCUCAAAGAUUCGACGGUAUAGAUAGGCACGAUCGAUAUGCCAAUCGGAACACCGUGUUUUUCGAUAUUAACAUGAAAGGUCUGGAUGGUAUUCAAGGUCCUAUUUACGUUGGGACUGGUUGUGUAUUCAGAAGGCUGGCACUCUAUGGUUAUGAUGCUCCAAAAGCAAAGAAGCCACCGACCAGAACUUGCAACUGCUUGCCAAAGUGGUGCUGUUGUGGGUGCUGUUGCUCUGGGACGAAGAAGAAGAAGAAGAAUACCAAGCCUAAGACCGAACUGAAGAAGAUUUUAAAAAAAAAAGAUGCAGGUACUCCACCACCUUUGGAAGGUAUCGAAGAGGGCAUUGAAGGAAUUGAAACUGAAAAUCCCACGCCUCAGCAUAAGCUUGAAAAGAAGUUUGGGCAAUCCUCAGUCUUCGUCGCAUCAACAAUGCUAGAGGAUGGAGGAACACUGAAAGGCACGAGCCCUGCAUCUUUGCUAAAAGAAGCUAUCCAUGUCAUCAGCUGCGGCUACGAAGAUAAGACUGAGUGGGGAAAAGAGGUUGGAUGGAUAUAUGGUUCAGUUACAGAAGAUAUAUUGACGGGCUUUAAAAUGCAUUGCCAUGGAUGGCGUUCCAUCUACUGCAUCCCUGCAAGACCCGCUUUGAAAGGAUCUGCUCCCAUUAAUCUUUCCGAUCGUCUCCACCAGGUCCUUCGUUGGGCUCUUGGUUCCAUUGAGAUCUUCUUAAGCAGGCAUUGUCCCCUUUGGUAUGGUUAUGGAGGCGGUUUGAAAUGGUUAGAGCGAUUAUCUUACAUAAAUGCCACAGUAUACCCCUGGACAUCAAUCCCUCUGUUGGCAUACUGUACUUUGCCUGCUGUGUGCUGCUUGCUUACUGGGAAAUUCAUCACGCCAGAGCUGAGCAAUGUGGCUAGUCUGUGGUUUCUGUCACUUUUCAUUUGCAUUUUCGCGACAAGUAUCCUGGAAAUGCGAUGGAGUGGGGUUGGAAUAGAAGAAUGGUGGAGGAACGAACAGUUCUGGGUCAUCGGAGGAGUUUCAGCACAUCUCUUUGCAGUUUUUCAGGGGCUUUUGAAGGUUCUGGCUGGUGUUGACACGAACUUCACUGUGACAUCAAAGGGUGGGGAUGACGAGGAGUUCUCUCAACUCUAUGCGUUCAAAUGGACCACCUUGCUCAUUCCGCCAACCACAUUGCUUAUAAUAAACCUGAUUGGUGUUGUAGCUGGCGUAUCAAACGCAAUAAACAACGGUUACGAGUCCUGGGGUCCUCUCUUCGGAAAGCUAUUCUUUGCCUUCUGGGUGAUUGUCCACUUGUAUCCUUUCCUAAAGGGUCUGCUCGGACGGCAGAACAGGACUCCUACAAUCAUCAUUGUGUGGUCAAUCUUGCUCGCUUCCAUCUUCUCCCUUCUGUGGGUACGUGUCGAUCCAUUCUUGGCCAAGUCGGACGGACCACUUUUGGAAGAAUGCGGGUUGGACUGUAAUUAGCAAGAGUGUCUGAUUCCUGGAACAUUUGGUCAGUAGGAUUUGUUUAUGGGUUAUUUAUCGUAAGGAUACAGAAAGAAUACAUUUGGUGUGGUGCCGUCUGCAAUGCAAAUAAAGGGCAUGUUUGGACGUCACUGUUUCCGCAACUCCGCCUCUCCAUUUGACCGCAACACUCUGAAGGGCUACAAAAACCGACUUUGCUGCUCUUUUGCAACAGCUGGGAGAUUGUCGGAAAGGACUGUGACACUGCUUCUUGAUUCUUUAUUUGGUUCAUAAUUUUUUUCUUUUCUAGGAUGAGGAGGUGGCGUGAACCACAGUAUAAUGUGUAUUAUCAUCUCAUAAUCUCUCUCUCUCCCUCCCUCUCUCUCCCCCUGUGUAAGUGUAACUCAGCCGAAAUUGUGAGCAUGUAUUAUAUACGGGGCAUCGUCCCUCAGUUGAUGCUGCUUAA